AUAAUGACGUUGGUAUUAUAUUUCAAUCAGUAAGAGGAGGUCUUAAUUUUAGGCUUUAGGUAAUAUUAAUUAAAGGUAUAAAAAUGUCCGAAAAUCCAUCAGAAUGGGAGAUGAGCAAAGAAAAUAUACAGCCUUUACGACAAGGAAGGAAAAUGACGAAUUUACGAGCUGCUUUAGCUCCACGAGCCGAAGAACAAUUGCUUCAACAACGGCAGAUAUUUGAAGCUGAGUUAAGAACAUAUCAAGGAGAUGAUCCUUUAGAUAUUUGGUAUAGAUAUGUUAAAUGGAUAGAACAAAAUUACCCAAAAGGAGGAUAUGAUGCAAACUUGCCUUUGUUAGUAGAACGCUGCCUAAGUGUUUUCAAGGAUGCUAACCAUUACUAUAAUGAUAAACGUUUUGUAGAAAUAUGGUUAAAAUAUGUGAAUCAGUGUGACAACAAGUUGGAACUUUACAACUUCAUGUUCACUCACAAAAUUGGCUGUAAACUGGCCGUGUUUUACGAAAACUGGGCUUACCAGCUGGAGUUGCAAGAAAACUUUAGGCGAGCUGAUUCUGUUCUCACUGAAGGAAUUCAAUCUGGAGCUGAUCCUCAAGAAACAUUACUUUCAGCUCAAAAACAGUUGCAGAUGAAAAUUGGAAAGUUGAUAAUGGAAGGAGUAGAAACAAAUGAUAUGGAUAAUUUUGGAACAGAGGUUGAGAGGACUGCUCUAGGUGCAUUAAGGCCAAAAGGGAAGAAACAAACUGUGGGGGUUAACAGAGUUGGACCAGCUAGGAUUGAUCAUGUGGAUGGUCUGCCAGGACAGGAAAGAAAUCCUUCAGUAUUGUCUAAGAACAAUGGUGUUGCCAAAAAACCCUUUAAAGUAUACAAUGAUGAAAAUGAUGUUGCUGUUUGUGAUCUACCACUGAAGACAAAAAGUAGUUGUCAUUUUACAAAGCAUUCUGAGGCUUCCAAAGAAAAUGAGAAAAAGCCUGGAAAGUGGACUAAGGCCAAGCUUCCACAAAAAACAACUUCAACUGUACCAUUCUCCUCUCUUGGAGCAGUGCAGCCACCAUUCAUUGUCCAUGAAGAUGAGGAUGUUUCACAACCUACUAUAACUCCAAGAAAGUUACCUCCUGGAAGCCAUGUCCUUAGUGCCAAGAAAUGUCUAGACAGUCCUCCAGUUGCCAUUUUUGAACCCCCUGAUCCUACUAAAAUACCCAAGUAUGACAAAAUGAAAGUUUAUGGAGGUGGUAGAGAAUUCCAGUUUGAAGAAAUUCGUGCUGCAAAGUAUUUUGCUAAGAAAAAGGAACAGCAAGAAAAAGAGAAAACAAAAAAACUAGAAGAACAAGUGCUGUUAUUACAAGAGGAAAUGAAGAAGAUGUGGAAUUGUUUCCAAGGAGGAAAGCAAACUGAAAGGGGAGACAGUGAACCUUCCAAAGACUUGAAAGAUCAUAAUGUUCAAUGUGCUACUGGAGAAAAUGCAUCUUUAUUUAGUGUUCCAAAGUUAUGUUCUGGCUCAUCCUCUUCCUCAUCUGUGGAUUGUGUGACAACAGUUCUGGCUUCAGUCCCAAACUCUACCGAAACUACCACUACUACAUCUCAGUCAUUAGAUAUUGGUGGGAGUUCUACUCAACCACAUGAACCGUCAAGUCAUGAAUGCAGUUCAUCUACAGGGCCUGCAGUCCUGGGUUCUCGUGGUAGUUCUUAUUGUGGUACUCCAACAGCUAACAUGCAACAGGCAAUAUCGGAAGCUUGGGAUCUGUGGAAUGGAACUCUCUCGCGCAGUAAUAACCAAAGUGUUGUGGGCAUGUUGCGGUUUGGAGGUGAUACAAAUAAUGCUGCUAUCAAAUCCACUGUAGAACCGCUUUUCUCUGUAUAUCAAGAUCCUACCCAGACUGUUCAAGUUCUUGCAUCUUCUGGGCUAUCAGAGAAGCAACAAUACUCUGUUCACGAAGACCAGUCUGUCCCUCCUGUCAGUAAUGUUGUGUCAUCUACCAGUAGUAAACCUCCAUCUGAUGUUUUUUCUGUAUAUCAAGAUCCAAUACAGUCUAUACCCCCAGAAGUUAAUGAUGAUAUUCCUUCAAAUACUUGUGAGAAGACAUUAGUAACAGCACCACAUGGAUCAUGGCAGUUUCCAGAUUAUAAUGAGAUGGACAAAGAUAAUUUGGAAAAUAUCCCUCCUCCUGACUAUGUUCAAAAUAAUGCAGAGCGUUCUCUGACAGGCAUAUUAAAGCCAUCUAUAAACAUUCCUUUUAAGCCACUGGAUGAGGAAGAAGAAGAUGAACUUGAUGGGAUUGAACCUCUUGAAAAUGACAAUGAUUUUCAGGAUGAAAAUGUAACAUUUGCUUCUAUGAAAACUGCUGACUUGACAAAUAAAAUUUCACAAUAUGCCUCUACUCCUUUUUCACUUGGUCGAGCUCCACCACUUUUUACUGAUGAUAUCACAACCUCUCUAGCAAAACUUGCAGUUCAGCCACAAGAAACCAAGAAAAAAAUAGAAUUACCCAUGAAGCCUCCACUUCCAGUAAUCCCUGCUCCUUCUACAAGUACAGCUAAUGAGAUACAGGAAAACUGUAAUCAAGGAGACUUAAGCCCUAUAAUGGAGUGUAGCCGAGAAUUUUGUAGUAGCAAAUCUUCAACAAGCAGCUCCUCGGGAUGUUCAACUACAUUUGGUUCUACCUAUCAUAAUAGCCGCUACCACCUUUCCUCUUUGCACAAGUCACGUAAUGAUCAUCAGUCAAAGAUCAACCUUGCAAGACCUACUGUUUCUAAUAUAACAGCAAGUAAAAGGCAAGCUCAAGAUACUGUUCAGGUUGAUAUAAAACCUCCAUCUGGAUCUCUGGAAAACACUGUUCUUCCUGAUGAACAAAUAAAAUUUGUCCAAGUUGACCCUUAUGAUCCAAAACUACAAGAACAACUCCUACAGGAAGUAGAUCCACCUUUAGCCAUGAGACGAGGAUAUGUGGCUAAAAAUGAGAAACUACCUAUUUUGUUAUCUGAUGCACCUCUAAAUUUGGGAAUGAAUACAUACCAUGUAACAAAGCAGUGUGCAAUGGGAGCAUAUGCAAGAAUAUUUAAAGCAGUGUUACUGGGUUGUGACAGUGAUGAUGUUUAUGAUUUAAGAGAAGAUGAAUUUACAAGCAGUUCAUCCAAUCCAAAAACAGCUGCUCUAAAGGUCAGCAAGCCAAGCUGUGAAUGGGAGUUUUAUAUCUGCACUGAGUUGGAGUCAAGACUGGGUAAACAUGUUGGUGUUCCUGAUGUGAGAUCCUCUGUUAUGACUAUCAACACUGCUAUGUUUUUCACCAAUGGCAGUAUCUUUGUGAAUGAUUUUUGUAAAUAUGGUACCUUACUGGAUUUGACAAACUUCUACAAGAAGCAGGGACAGACAGUACCAGAGUCUUUAGUCAUGUACCUCACUCUUGAGAUGUUACUCAUCAUGGAUCAGGUCCACAGAUCUAACAUUGUACAUGGAGAUGUAAAACCCGACAACUUUAUGGUACUUGACUUCAACAAGGUACAACAUCAACUUGAGGAAACCAGUCUAAGGAAAACUACAGCCCUUCGUAUUAUUGAUUUUGGCAGAGGAAUAGACUUAAACCUCUUUCCUCCAGGUACAACAUUUACAAUCAGAGUUAACACGGAAGGUUUCCAGUGCGUAGAGAUGAAAGAAAAUAGACCAUGGACUUUUCAGACUGACUGGUAUGGUGUUCUGGGAAGUGUCCACACUUUGCUGUUUGGUGAGUACAUGAAUGUCCAGAAAGCUAAGAAUGGAGUUUGGUCAAUCAUUAAAAAAUUUAAAAGGUAUUGGCAAACAGAUUUGUGGGAAGAAUUGUUCACUACAUUCCUUAAUAUCCCUUCCUGUGACAAGAUUCCCAGCAUAGAUCCUUUUGUUGAAAGUAUUCUACGAAAGUUAUCGGAACCAAGUAGACGAACUGAACUUCUGUUCAAAUUACAACAGUUUACUUGCUUGUGGGAAGGUUAGUGGUUUUCAAUCGGAAACUUUUAUGGACGUGAUGAAAUGGGCGAAUGGUGUAAAGUGACUGACAGAUCUUGACUAUGGGAACAAACCUUUGCUUGUGAAAUUAGUACUUGUUGUUUUUGUCUUUUAUUAUGUGUUGUAAUUUAGAAAGUCCCUUUCCUAGUGCAUAUUUAAUGAUUUUUUAUAGACAGUUAUAUUUUAUCCAUACACUGUAAGAACCAACUAUUUGAGAGUU